ACUCCCCCAUUUAGCUGCAUUUAAUUCCCAGGCACCCUUUCACCACCCCACGCUUUUACCAUCAACCACUCAAAUCUCUCCUAUUUCCCGGUUUCUCUUAUACCUUGAUCUACCUCGUGGUAUCCUACUAUUCUAUCAUGGCGAAGCCAAACAACCUCGAUACGAUAUCUGGAUUGUCGGAUGGAGAGGGCAGUGAAGCACCACCUAGCUAUUGUGAAGGAAAUGGGGGAAUAUCCCCUGACCAAGCUCCAACGUCGCCAACCGAAGGGUUAAAUACCACUUUCGAUCAUAGUAUGAAUUUUACCCCUGACCUCGUUGAAAUAUCAUCGUGGGAUUCAAAUAUAACACACGAUACUUGUCUUGUGCAUCUCAGGCUACUUGCUGCCUUCCAGAGUGUGAAGGAGGACGUCGGCUAUACAGAUGGUAUUUGGGGUCUCUUCGACAGCCGUGUUCUCUCACAGCAGGAUAAGAAGUCCAAAACUGUCGAUAACGGGCAGAAGCUCGAAGACAAGACUGUGAAGCGAUUGGCUGAGCUUCGAGAGAAGCGAUGGGCGCUUUUUGUCGCGAGGGCCGUGGACCGAUACGAAGCCUGGUGGACUGCACUUUCUAAGAAACACCUGACAGAGAAAAAUAUGCAAGGCCACUACGAAGAAGGGUCCGACUCUACGAUAUAUGGUGCAUUCACGUCCAGAGGGACGCCCCUCCAAUGGGCCGAACAUAUACUUCCCCCUUUAGACGUUUUAAUGGUCUGGCAUGCUCACAUGCUCAACCCCAGAGCAUAUCUCGAGGAUUGUAUACUAUACUGCCUGAAUGGUUUGUGGACGGCUGGCAUGCCGUGGCAGCUCGUUGACAAUGCGAUCGAUGCCAACUUCAACUACAAUGUCUCGCCCGAAUGCAAGGAAGCAUGGGAAAAUCUUAUAGGCCGGAAGUGGGACAAUGUUGAUGACCCAAUGGUUAAAGUACUCAAAUGUCCUAGUUGCGCUAAGACCCUUAGGAUACCAUGGACAACAUGCGAACUGUCCGAAGAAUGCACUGGUAAAGACCCUGAUCUUCUCGGAGAGGGUUAUGGAGAUGGAAAUUUCAAACACGUGUGUGCCAAAUGCGGAAGAGUCAUCACGAGAGAGUUUCUCGAGGCAGCAAAAUUUGUUAAAGACUCACAGAGGCUCCUCUCCCGUGGUCGCCCAAUGCCCGGUACGAUAUUAGAAAACGAUACGGGACUACCACGAGAGGUUCUUCAGGCCCGCCAACAGGAGCGAACAUUCCCAAACAGAAUUAUCAAAUUCCGCCUUCGCAGCGAGCUACUGCUAUUAAUUAACCCUCAUAGAAAUCCAGCACCAACGAUGAAUGAUGUCCGCGUCCUCAUCGAGCGCACAUUAACCAACAACAGCGCUGUUAAGCAGAUAGAGGGUAUGAUGGGACGUGACAUAGGCAAACACUAUCGUCUCGGCAAAGAUGCCAAAGCACACACCCGAAAAGUGAUGUCACGAUACUGGGGGAAUCAUUCUCCGUUCGCUCUCGAUCUUGGAGGUGCUGUUCUCCGCCAGAGCAUAUUUGUGGAAAAGAUGAACAAGAUUGACUGGCUCCACAGCCCGGCGGCUCGGGAUACAAUGACACGACUCCUUAAGAAAUACAAGCGCUUCGUGGACAUCAUGGUCCAAAACCCUUCAAAGGUUGUCGUCCCAACCCUCGAUGUUGACUUGGCAUGGCAUACGCAUCAGCUCAGCCCUUUUAUAUAUACCAGGUAUAUGUAUAUGAAGACGCGCCGUCUGAUCGAUCACGACGACAAGAUCGAUGAGGACAAGCUAUCUACGGCUUUCGAGUGGACGAGCAAAGAAUACCAAGAAAUCUACGGCGAGGUCUAUUCGGAGUGUACGUGUUGGUAUUGCGAGUCGAUCCGCGCUUCGCAUGUGUCCUCCAUCUGCAGCAAGCUCCGCAUAUCGAAGAACGAGAAGGUCUCUGAAACCUUCUACAAAUCCGGCAAAGCCGCUCUCUGUCCCCCCGACAGCAGCGCGCACAUCUCGGCACACAACGCGGUCAAGUUCACCGACGUAAACGCCAAUCGCGAAGCCGUGCACCGCCGCUUACACGAGGCGCACCAGCAACAUCUCAACCGCAACUACGAGCGCGCCCAGAAACGUGCCCAGAGAAGGGGUCGCGAGCUCCCGCCCCGAGAGGAGUAUUACCAUUCCUACUGGGGAUACCCCUAUAUGAUGUACGGCCCGUACCUCUACCCCAUGUACUUCACACCCGAGUGCUACCCUACGGGCGCCCCUGGCGAGGCGGUUGCCGGUCAGGGUUCCCAAGGGGGGUGCGCGGCGGGGGCCUGUGGCCAAGGAGGUGGUGGGUGCGGUGGAAGUGGUGGGUGCGGUGGAGGUGGAGGGUGUGGGAGUGGCGGUGGUUGCGGCUCCUCGGGUGCGGCCUGCGGCGGCGGCGGAGGUAGCGGCGGCGGCGGUUGCGGCGGGGGAGGUGGAUGUUAGACAAGGUGCUGCUGCUACGUCUAUUUUGCCUGAUCUAUAUUUUCUAUUCUAGAUUGGAAGAUGGUGUUUCAAGCUGCAGGAUGGGGUUAAGGGAUGGGUAUCUUGUGUGUUUUGGCU